AUGGCGGAUCCCCUUAACGCAAAGCCGCAGUGCGGCGGAGAUGCAGUCGAUGAUGAGGCCUACGAUUUCCCUUUGCAUUUGGCCGCAGUCUUCAUCGUUUUCUUUGCCAGUAUAGCCGGGGCCGGCUUCCCCGUUGUUGCAAAGAAGGUGAAAUGGAUGAAGAUCCCGCCAAAUAUAUUCUUCGCCUGUAAACAUUUCGGCACGGGCGUGCUGAUAGCCACGGCCUUCGUCCAUCUCGUACCCACAGCUUUCGCUUUCCUCAGCGACCCAUGCCUGCCGGAUGUCCUAAUUGAGGACUACCCGGCCAUGCCUGGUGUCAUCAUGAUGUUCUCACUCUUCUGCCUCUUCGUUAUCGAGAUGUACCUCAAGGCGAAGACUGGUGGCCAUUCACAUGGCGGACCAACCGGACAGGAGAUCAGUGCGCCAAUGCCUCAGGGGCACGGCGGUCAUGCUCAUGCUCAUGCCGCGCCACGCAUGGUCCGCAACGAUACGACUGCAUCAUUGCCCCCGUAUAACAGCAACGGUCGUCCAACAGCCUAUGCUGAUGCAUACGAGGAGAAGCUACUUAACAUCGCUCAAGAAGAACAGCCCGAACUCGAGAAGUAUGCCGCUGUGUCUGAGAUGCCGCCUUGGUUCCAGGUGUUUUACGCACAGUACGUCCGGCAGCGCGAAGACCUCCGAGACAUGAUCGCCGUCCUUGCCAAAUCAACAGCCGGCUUCGCUGCUGCUGCGCAAACUUCGCAAGAGAUGGCUCCUGCCAGUGAGUCGUACAUGGAUUUUGACGACAACCCGGAAGACCCGAACAACAUCGACGCCGCCAAGUUCAGAAUGAUGAACAUGAACAUCACUCUGCUGGAAUGCGGUAUCCUGUUCCAUAGUGUUUUCGUCGGCAUGACCAUCUCGAUUACCACCGAAGGGUUCGUCACCCUGCUGGUCGCUAUCAUUUUCCACCAGUUCUUCGAGGGUCUCGGCCUUGGCUCCCGAAUCGCUGCCGUGCCAUACAAGCCCAAAGCUGCGAAGCCCUGGAUUUUGGUGGUCGCCUUUGGUACCACGUGCCCUCUCGGUCAAGUCAUUGGCUUGGCAACAAGGAACAGCUAUGAUCAGAACAGCGCUUUCUCUUUGAUCUUGGUCGGUUUCUUUAACGCUUUCUCCUCUGGUCUCCUGAUCUACGCCGCACUUGUCGAUCUUUUGGCGGAGGACUUCCUGAGCGAGGAGGCAAUGGAGCUGAUGAACAAGCCCACCAGAAUCAAGGCCUUCCUAUGGGUCCUAGUAGGAGCCGCCGGCAUGUCCAUCGUGGGCGCCUUUGCCUAA